AUGGUUGAGGAGCAAAGCCUUUCUCUGUCUCCUGAAGGUCCUUCUCUCUCUAUUUCUGAAUUGGGAAAUCUUCUGGGAACACUUAUAAGAACCUAUAGAUCGUGUGACUCAUGUCCUCUUGUCUUUGAUCUAUUGAUCGAGGGUCAUUUACGUGCAAAAAAGGUUGAUUGUGCUGCUGAGAUAGUCCGGCUUCUCGUACCUCGAGGUCUCCACCCUUCAAUUGGGAUCCUUAACACACUUCUUCGGUUGGUUUCACAAUCAAAAGGAUCAAAUGAGGGUCUGAGUUUCUUUAAAGAGAUCUUUGGGAAUGAAACUAGGUUUAGGGCUGGUUCCUGUCCAAAUAUUCAGACUUUCAACACUCUCAUUCUCGCUCUAUAUCGAGAAGGGAAACUAGAGAGGGAAAAUUUGCUUUUUGAUGAGAUGUCAAAAAUGGAUUGCAAACCAAAUACAUUCUCCUAUAAUGUUCUAAUCGCGGCUUACUGUGAGAAACGAAAAUUGGAGGAAGCUGUUGAAUUGUGGGAUGGGAUGUUAGAGAGAGGAUUAACUCCUGAUAUUGUCGCUUAUAAUACCUUGAUUGGUGGGUACUGUGAUAUUGGUGAUAUAAACCAUGCAGAAGCCAUGUAUAGAGAGAUGACUAUCAAUGGCAUCUCCCCAACUUGCCUCACAUAUGAGCAUCUUAUUCAUGGACACUGUAAAUCUGGGAGCGCAGAUGAAGCCCUUCUGCUUUACAAAGAUAUGUGUAGGCACCAUUUUGAGCCAAAUGGUAGUACUAUAAAUGAGAUUGUUGGUUUGCUUUGUAUAGAGAGAAGGACUCAAGACGCCCUUGAAUUUCAAAGAGAAAUUGUUAGGAAAUAUGGGGUUCGGGAUAGAGAGAGCUAUGAUCUUCUGAUAAAUGGGCUUUGUGCUGAGGGGAAGGUGGAGGAAGCACUGGCUGUCCAAGCUGAAAUGGUAUGCAGGGGCUUUGGCCCAAAUAUCCAGACUUACAGGGCAUUCAUUGAUGGAUAUGCCAAACUAGGGGAUGCAAAUAAAGCUGAAAAGCUUAGAAAGGAGAUGUUGGACAUUGGACUGGUUCUUGAUGAUCCGUGA